AUGACACCAAAGAGUCUGCCAUUGAAUGCAUCGACAGAUGGGUUGAACACAACAGAAACUAAUACCCAAUUAAUGACUGUUCCUGUGAUUGUCUGUCCGAUUAGCGGAUGUGACCUAAUGUUUAUGACACUUGAAUUACUGGAGCAACACUUGACCACACAUUCCUUUAGAAGUAAACAAUUGUCACGAAGUAAACAAUCGAAGCGCAAAACUGUGUCAAAUGCGGGCCAAAGCCAAACACCAGGCGCUGCGGCGACGGAUCUGUUGCGCUGUCCGCACGAGUCGUGCCGUCAAAGAGGUUUCAAGCACUCGAGGAAUCUGAUCGCUCACACGCAACGCCAACACUCGACACACGAGCCGUACGUUUGCGACGAAGACAACUGUCGGAAGCGAUUCCCGACCCGUAAAGGCCUUUUGAGGCAUAAGUCGCUGAGCCAUGAAAAGGGCCGACUGUUUGUGUGUCCGCACAGCGGGUGCGGCAAAGCGUUUACCAAACGGUGGUCUUAUAGCGAGCACAUCACCCGACACUCGACGCACACCCCGUUUGCGUGCACUCAUACCCCGUGCGAACACCGGUUCGCUACUAAGAAGCUGUUGGAACUACACGUCCGUCGCGUUCAUUAG